AUGGGGUCCGAGUUUGGUGCCACCGCUGAGUCCAAGCCCGAGAUCGAUCUCAGCCCCGUCACUAUCUGGUGGGCGGUUUGGGCAUGUGUCUGGACUUCGGCUGUCCUGGCCGGUAUGGCCUAUCUCAUCGCGCAUCGGGACAUGCCGACUUUGCGCAUUCGAGGCCUUGCUCUGUCGUUAACUUCGAUCGUUGUCCUUCAUUUAUACUGGACUCCGACCCAGUUCGGGACUAUGAUAGGUGCAAUCAUGCCUGGUGACUGCGGUUACUGGCUGAUGGGUACCCUGUUGCCCUGUGGAAUGGCUCUGUUCCAUGGCUCCAACACUCGUUUUCAGCAUGUUGCUAAGCUCCAGAGGAAGUAUGCUCUGGAUGGCCAUCGUUUUGUCGACUCGCCUCCCACGGAGCAGAAGGAUGGGUUGAUCAACCGAUUCCGUCAACUCCGUUAUACUACCAAAAUCCUCAUUUACGUUGCUAUCGCAAUGUUUUUUCAGGUCUUCCUCACUAUCCUGAUGUGGUUGAUCUCUCGCAAGUACCACGACUCUUGGGGUAUUCCUGGCACUGGAGUUCACGGUACCCCUGCAGAGAUACUGGCAGCACAAGGUGCCGGGUGGGAAUGGUGGCCCGGUGUCGUUUCACAGUUUUUCUGGUCUUGGGUUGUUGCCCCCGUCGUUUUAUGGAAGUCUCGAAAGAUCCAUGAUACUCACGGCUGGCGAGUCCAGACCAUCGGCUGUGCUAUUGCUAGUCUUCAUGCUACCCCAAUGUGGCUCAUCGGUCUCUACGUCCCUGCCAUGGCCCCAGUCAACGCUGUCUGGGUUCCUUCCCAAUGGAUGUGCCUAUCUAUCAUGAUCAUCGAAAUCUUCACAAUCUUCCUCCCCUGCUGGGAGGUCAUGCGUCACCAAUCACUCCGCCAAGAGACCCUCGACUCGAUCGCGCGCUGGGAAACGAAUGUCAAAUCCGUCAGCUCGGAAGACAAGUCCCUCAACUCCGACACAACAGUAGUUGCAUCCAUGAUCUCAGGCUGGAAGUCCAACACCUCAACCUGCACACUCAACUCGCGCGACAGCAUCCUCACCAUGGGCGCCCUCGAACACGUACUAGAACGCAAUCCAGCACCUCUCCAAGAAUUCUCUGCACUGCGCGAAUUCUCCGGCGAGAACAUCGUCUUCCUCACUAGCGUCGCAGAAUGGCGUAACAGACUACCGGAAGCGAUGAAGAGCAGCACCAGACAGCAAUCAAAGAACAACCGGGAUGUCGUCCGCGAACACUUCAACCGCGCUCUACAUAUCUACGCCGAGUUUAUCAGUGUCCACCAUGCCGAGUUCCCCGUCAACAUCUCGCACCAGGAACUGCGCAAACUGGAAGACGUCUUCGAAAAGCCGACGCGUCUUGUAUAUGGCGAGGAGCGCGAAUGCGAUCCCACCAGUCCUUUUGACAAAUUCACCUUCGAUCUCCCGUCCCCGGCUUCCGUGGAUUCCGAGAAAACCAUGCAAAACUCCACGACUGGAUCGAUCAAGGACCGCGUGCAGUACUGGGGUGAUAUCCCUGCCGACUUCGACGCUUCGAUCUUCGAUGCUGCAGAGGCUAGUAUCAAAUACCUCGUUCUCACGAACACCUGGCCUAAGUUCAUCAAGGACCGCAGGAACUCGACCGACUCGAUUGAGGGUCUGAAGUUCGGGGUUGAAGUUUAG